UGGGGUCGAAUAAGCGCAUCCCGAGUGAUUUCUGGACCCCUGCAGUUGUCGACGGAAACGUGAGGAGAUAAACGCUAUCCCGGGAAGAAUUGGGAUUUCAAAAUGGGAGAGCGUGUAAAUAACUUUCCUCCCCUGCCUCAGUUCAUGAGAAUAAAGCCGUGCUUUUACCAAAAUAUUGAGGAGGAAAUCCCUGCGCCGCACCAGCAGCUCGUGCGCAGAGUCUACACACUGUGGAUGAUGUAUUCAGGCACGCUGUGCUUCAAUGUGAUUUCAUGUAUUGCUUGGUGGGCUGGGGGUGGAAGUGCGCAAAACUUUGGCUUUUCCCUGCUCUGGCUCAUCCUCUUCAGCCCGUGCAGUUACACCUGCUGGUUCAGACCGCUCUACAAAGCCUUCAGGGCUGAUAGCUCGUUCAACUUCAUGGCCUUCUUCUUCAUCUUCUUUCUUCAGUGCGUCUUGGCGCUCAUCCAGACUUUAGGCUUCUCUGGCUGGGGAACAUGCGGCUGGAUUGCGACAGUGAUGUUUUUCAGCACAAAUGUGGGCUCCGGUAUAGUGAUGCUUAUCACAACUGUGCUCUUCACUGUGGUGACUGCUUUAAUGGCACUAGUUCUCAUUAAGGUGCACAGAAUGUACCGUGGCGGAGGCGGUAGUUUGGAGCGCGCUCAGGAAGAGUGGAGCACCGGGGUGUGGAAGAGUGCACCAGUGAGGGAAGCAGGGUUCAACGCUGUUGCUCAGACGGCCCAGGGCCCGAGUUUGCCCCAGUACCCUGCUGCAGUGCCGAGUUACCCGGACAACAGUCACUGGUGAUAGCCGAGAGUCGCCUCUAGAUGGAGACACAUAUCUGGUCGUUCCUGUGGUGCACAAGGGUGCACUUCAAAGCUCCAUAUCAUCUCACACUAACAUGACAAAACACAGAUUUCUUCUUUUUUUUUUUUUUUAAAUGAGAGGAUACGAUAAAAAGUUGUGUUUUUUUAAGAGUUUUGCCACCAAAACUCAUUGCUAUACUUGUAGAAGAGGGUUAUCUUCAAAAUAUGCCAUUCCAUUUCAACUUUUGUUUACAUAUAGUUUAUUAAAAUUAACUAUAAUUUUAAUGCUCAAAAGAAAUUUGUUUAGGAAAAUGUACAGUCUCGCAAAUAUGCAAUUGGAAACUAACAGAGUGUGAACUGUUUCUGGAUAGUAUGUGAAGGAUGUGUGCCUUAUGGACCUUUAUGAUAGUUUUAAGUAUUGCCAAAUCUGCAUGCUAGAAAUCGUAGUGUGCCGAACAACAGGGGUCUUUUCCUUUUGCUACGAGAGGACGUCUGCAAACUGCACGAUUUUUAUCUGGUGGAAUUCUCUUCUGUGUUUUCUGUCAGUUUAUCUUUGAUACGCUGUGCUUGAAAUCUCCAUGCUUGCCUGCUUUGGCUGUGAUUUCUUGAAAUGCGCCUUAAUAUUGCGUGCAGAUUUUUUGUAUGUGAAAAAUAUCUUGCUCGACUUUCGCCUUAACAAGCUGCUCUUUGUUUUUUUUUUUUUUGUCAAACUGGAUUUAUGCUUCAGUGAAGCAAUGUGUGGAAACAUUUCAAAAAGUUGUUGGUGCGUAAUCCUCCCCUGUGAUUUCUCACUUAUGUGCCAAAACACUUUUCUUGCCUCUUUCCAUUAUUUGGAUACUGAAAAAAAAUCACACCCAAAUUAGAUAUUGUGUUGCACUCUUGUUUCUGUUGUUCCAAAGCUACUCUGUUUGCUUUUUGUGGUCAGCGCCCUGCAGUGAAAGAACCUUAUCAGCUGAUGUCGAUGUUCCACUCACUUUUCCCACAGAUAGACUGAAUUUUUGUGUUUGAGUGCAGUGUGCUUGCAUGCAGCCUAUCAUGGGUGUGAACAGGAUUCUCUUAUUUCAAAUGAACUCGUGUAACCAAUUCAUACAGACACAAACAACCAGCUGACUGAGCUGAAAAUGGAUGUAGUGAAGUAAAAUCCCGCAUGUAAAUGUAGUCAGUCUGUUUAAAAUGCACUCUGAUAUUCCAAAUUUGGACUAAUUUACCGUCAUUCCAACAAAACUCCUGAUUAAAGUCAACAACUGUGUCUUUUUACGCAGGUAAUUUAAUCUUUCAUCUACUUUGAUUUUGGCUCGAUGAUACAAAAAAGGCCUAUAUGAAGUGUAAGCACCGCCUCAUAUUGAUUUAUUUUUCUUUCCUUGUUACAAAAAGUGUCCUUCAUGGCCAACUGCCAAGAUUAGUAUUUUGAUUUUUCUCUGUUAUUUGAUAAGUGAUGAAAUGAAAAUGGAUAUGUUAAAGUAACCUUUAAAUAUUGCAACAUUUCAAUAAAUAUUCAUAUUCCCA